CUAAACACCACUUGAAACGUAACCUCGUCGAAGAUUUGCGUGCAAAAGGAAAGGAAAUUGGUCAAAUUUUGAUUAUGAUAUCUUAGGAAUGUGACCCAACUGACCUAUGUCCAGCUACAGGUAUUCGGAAGAUAGGCAACCCAAAUUACCUAUGUACAUUGUCAAUAUGACAUGUUACAACUUGUUACAAAAGGCCAAGUUCACACGGAGCCACUCAGCAGCGCUUCUCAGUGGUUGGUUAGCAGCGCUUCUGAAUAUUUCGGUGGCGCUUCGACCUAGCUUCCUACUUCCAGCACGCAGAAAAAAGUAGCGCCACUAACGCGAGUUCGAAGCGCUGCGGUUUAUUAGCAUCGCCACCGAUGGCGCACCUUUCAACUCGGGUCAAGUCGUCAUCAGUGUUGAUCUUGAUGAUGUAUGAAAUGGAGGGUGACAAAGUGAACACGAAAGAUUUUAUCAGUGCAAUUGAACAAUUUCCUGCGAUUUGGGACCUAAGCAAUGAAGAAUAUAGUAAUAAAACUGUAAAGAGAAAUGCGUGGGAAGCUGUGAUAUUGAAGUUUGGCAACCUAACAGAACCGGAAAAGAAAGUGAUAGGUAACACGUACAAGCGGAAAUGGAAAAGUCUGCGGGAUUCAUACUCAAGGGAAUUGGCAAAACAGAAAAAAGAAUUUAAAUCUGGAUCUGCAGCAAAACCCAGAAAAAAAUACAUCUUUUUCGAGCAACUUCGGUUCCUUAACAAUGCGGCAGUAUCUUCACAUGAAGAUACAAUUGAUGCAGCUAAUCAUGAAAAUGAUGAAGAAGAAAUUUCAGAAGUAGUGGAGAAAAAUUCAAAGUCGUCUGAAUUUGAAGUCGACGACGAUAAACUGUUCCUUCUUUCCUUGCUCAGUGACCUAAAAUGUAUCCCUGCACACUUAAAACUUAAUGCAAAAUCGCAACUCAUGGGAGUUCUCUCGUCCUUUAAGCAAAAUUCAUUUAUUCCAACACAACAAUAUCCACAAAGCACUUCAAAUUGGCAACCACAAAAUCAACAGUACGCUCAGCAUUACCAGUAUACACCUACACCACAUACUUCAUCCACUCAGCAACUGCCUCAGAUUGACACUCAGCAGAACGCCACCACUUAUUCAGCAAUAAGUCCAGGAAGUUACUCAGCAAGCAGCAGGGUUUUGUCAGAAGAUGUUUUCGAAUAAAGUUUUGUAAACUAUUUUGUCAAACUUGUUAAAUUGAAUUAUACUACUGUAUGAUAAUG